AUGGCAUACCGCUCUUCCGAUAUACGUAACCGUAGGCAGCAACACCUCGAUACUACCAGCUCCAGAGAUGUAGUUUACUGUCAUCAGUGUGCACAUGAGUGGUACUGGGAUGAGAACGAAUUAAUAUGCCCUCAAUGUGAAAGUGGAAUAACUGAGAUUGUGACGCCUGGUGAAGAUGACCCGAGAUACAUUUCUACCUCAACAUCACAAUCUCAAUUACCACCUUCGAAUCCUAAUCAUGGUUCCUGGCCUCAAGAAACUUCGGACCCAGAUGAGCCUGAUAUAGAGGAACAUAUUUCUCAUGGACCAAAUGGUAGCUUAAUGUUCUCUCGCACAGUGAGAACCUUCAAUCCACGUAGUCAGGCUGAGGCACGAUCCAGUAGAGAAGGCACGGCUGAAGUUGACACCGACAAUGUACUUGCUGAAUUCCGUAGUAUGAUCACUAAUCUGAUUGGACCCCAACUCCGCAACAAUACUUCAGGCAGAUCAGAAUCUGAAGACACAUCAAAUGAGCCAAGAUUCCAUGCUAGUAGCUUCCGGUUGAGCGGAAAUAGAAGCGGACAGGCCAUCGUGGGCGGUCGCAUUGCAUUCGCAGACAUUUUUUCUAAUGAUUCAACGCACCCUAGAGAUGCCAAUGAGCCUCGAAACGAAGUUCCUAGAGUCGAAAACAUUACAACUGUAAUCGGAAACAUAUUAGGGUCAUCAGGCGCAGACGCUAGACUUUCUCCACGGGAUCAUAAUGAAACUGAAUCUCACGGUCUGCAAGCUCUUUUAUCCGCCAUAUUUCUACCCAUAAAUGUCCGCCCAGGUGAUGUGGUACAUUCUCAGGAAGCCCUAGAUCAAAUUAUUUCGGCGCUCAUGGAUCAAUCUCCUACCUCGAAUGCACCCGGACCCGCAUCGCAAGAAGCAAUAACUGCCUUACCAAAGAAAAUACUCGACGAAAAGAUGUUAGGUCCUGAAGCCAAAGGAGAAUGCAGCAUAUGUAUGGAUGAUGUCAAGGUUGGAGAUGAAGUGAUGGUUCUUCCUUGCAAUCAUUGGUUUGAUGAAGCCUGUGUUCGUGCUUGGCUCAGCGAACAUAAUACAUGUCCCAUAUGUCGGAAGGGGAUCACUGAUAGUGCUGACACCUCCGAAUCUACUAAUCCUCGGCGAGAGAGUAAUACUAGCUCAUCCAGGUCUCGAAAUGAACACCGAAUUCAAAGAUUAAAUUUCACACGCCCAAGGAUAUCACGGGAUACUACCACAAGAAAUGAAGAUAGACUAAAUUUCUUACGAAACGCAGCACGCUUGAGUCCGAUCGAUGGGAGUAAUAGGCAGCCGUUAUCACCAUCAAAUCAAGCCUCGGAUACGGGUAACACUUCUGAAUAUACAUCUCAUAGAGUCUCGGAUACGGAAGAUGGAAGUGAUCGCAGGCGUCCAGAAAGGCCCAGCGGAUCGAGAAGACGCGCAACUUCUGGAAAUAGUGGUGGAGGCUCAAGUAGUGCCUUAGAUCGCCUCCGUGGCCUUCAUGAUCGAUUUAGUAAUGGUCGACGAAGCGGAUAA